AUGUCCCAGCUGUUUGUGCAAGACAUCCACCGCGAACAGUCUUGGAUCAGCAGAAACUUUUCGGCCGAUGCAAAUUUACCGAUGCCGCAAUGCGACUUUUCGUAUUUUCCGAGCACCUGGAGCCCUGUUUUCCAGGACAACCUUCCGACCGAUAUUAACGACCAUUACAGAAGAUAUUGUAGCUUCGAGGCGGUUAAAAGACAGCAAGAAACCUCUUCCUUACUGAAGGAAUUUCCUCGAACCAUCCCUUUUGGUGCACAAAGUGGACAAUCGCCUGAAGUAAGUCCCAACUUGUUGUUCGUUAAAAACUUCACUUAACCGUGGCCUAUCUACAAAUGGCGGUUGUUUUAGCCAAACACAACAUCUACAAAGUGGUAUUUAAUGAAAGUAACAUGCGGUUAAGUCGUUUAUUCUGGACGCCGGUAGAUCACAGUCCUAGAAUGAAGUGCAACUAAACCAUGACCAGGUUAUUUCGGUAAAUUUUGCAACUUUGAUUUCUGCGGCAGCGCCUACUCGGUUUGGGGGUUUGUUGGUAAACCGCGACAAAACAGAACCCAGGAGUUAAAUGUGUCUUCCAGCGCCUUUCCUUUAAUACUUAAAUGGCUGACUCACAUUGCAUGCAUUUUUUAGUUGACAAUUACAGCAAUCGAAGCUGUGUAGCCUCAUGAGCAGGUUACCACGAAAAGUCCCUUCAGUCCUGUGUCAAACUGUUUAGCAAUCGAAAAACUGAACCACUACUAAGCAUUUGGAAUACUACUGGGUAAAUGAGCAUCCUGUUUUCUCAACUGUAGGACCCUAAGUCACGACACUAGCAAGUUCCCUGCGCACUUGCGCAAAAUCGGAGUCGCUAGCUCCUCUACCUGUGUAGUAAUAUAAUUACCUACCCCCAUACUAGUGCAUGUCUGUGACUAACAUCUCUAUUUGCCUUCAACCACUGAUAUACAGCCUAGUCAGUCAUUCGACAAAGAUAUACAAAACCCAGGACAGGUAGGCUUUGGACAUUUUCUACGUACAGAUAAGAUUCAUUGUCUAAAUUCCUCAACGAGCCCGUAAAACCGCAUACUCUACGUGAACAGGUAAAUAGUACUUCAUUAAUGCUACGGACUAAGACAACAUUAAUGUGCGGUACCAAACGUCCUUGGAGAGUGACAGCCUCAGAACCAAUUGGACGAUGCUUUCAAUUCCAUGCAGUGAGAUACGUAUGCCCCCCGGGUCGGCGAUACAAAUGAACUAAUAGCAAGCCCGGGAUUUAAAAAUAGUUAUAUUUACCUGUUAGCCCGCAUUGUCCGGUAGGAGGUGUUGGCACCGCUGGCAACUAAUAGUUAAAGACAUUCUGAAAAGGCACUAAAAAGCUUUAAAGGGAAAAUUACUGAAUUUAAAUUUUAAAGUUAGUCUGCGUGAGGUCUUUGACAGCGGUCAAAAACUUGUGCGUUUGUGGUCCGACAGUCAAAGAGAAGUUCAUAUUUGUAAACGCACUUUCGUUCUUUCAGAUGCGCUUGCAAGUAGGGCCUUAUGAUGACUGUUUAAGCAAAAAGUCCGAUGCAAAAGAAGGGUACAAUGAUUUUGAGCUGAAGACUUUAGCAGAUAAGAGUCCAUGUCGAGAAUACUGGAGCAUUUGGCACCGCCGCAUCUAAGACCGCUGUCUCAUCAUUUUAAAGGAGGUCAAAGAGAAUACCCUGGUUAUAUGGAUUUCUGCAGGAAGAAGUUUCGACAAGAACAGAGGAGACUUUGGUGACUACUUCUGGUUUAUCAGUCAUCAUAGGCCAGACAAAUCCCAACCCCAGGUAGGGAUAACUGAUAUUCGAACCCCGGUUCUUGGUUCACUAUGCAGGAGGACUACCGACAAGUACGAAAGCCUUGGGCUUGAACACAGAGGUUUGGACUUAGCGUCCAACGACCAAAGAGUCUGGGUUCGAAUCCCUGAGUGCCCAAACCCCGACUUUGGCUAUGGUUGAUUGUCAAUUAUUGGUGUCCCCAAACUGGUCGUCCCAGUCUUCGUAGUCUUUUUUUCAUUAUUUAUUCUGCAUCAUUAUUAUUUACUAUGCGAUUCCCUGUGAGGACUCUAGGCUGAGCUCCAAGGCGCAAUGGAAUGAUCACGCUCCUUAUUGUAAACUGGUCACCUCCCUCACGCACCUGACUCCGAUAGCAAGGCAAUGUGUAGACGGCCGAAAGCAGGUGAGGCGGCAUUCGGAUUAGGGUUAAGAUCUUAGUUUAGUGUUCGGGUAACCGUGAAGACGUUUAAAAGUAGGAUGAAACUUAGGAGGAGUCGGGCAGCGGUGAUACUAGGAUUAGAACGAUUAUUGUUGGUAGACUUAGGAUGGAACCUAAUCCUCAUACCACUCACUUACCACCUAGCAAAAACUCUAACGCGGAACUUAACGAUAGCCGUCAACCAGUGCCGUAUUCGUAAUCUUAAACAUGAACCCUGACUCCUCUAAACAAGACAAUAAAAAAACUCGGGAUACGUUUGCCAAGGAGUUCAUGGAAGCGCAUCUUAUCAUUCCUUCACGUAUAUUCACAGCAAAUAUUCUCUUACGCAAGCAUUUGGCCAGAGACUCUCUUAGGUUUAUUCCCGUUCCCGUUACCUUUUUCUCUACUAUUUAGGAUACUUGACCUACACAUUAGGCGCUUUCGGAAUAUGUCGGCCGAGUUACUCUUCACUGUUUUGCCCCUCCACUUCGAACCACUAGCCACAGGAUGCUUAUGAGCUCUCGAGCAUAAAAUUUCUGUAUGAUUGCUGAAUCCUUGUUACUUUUGUCUCAUAUCCAUAGAAAACAAUUUUCGCCCUCUUACGUGAAACGUGAUCUUCGUAAACUUUGAACAAUUAAGGAUAAGCUAAAGCAAUUACCUGUGUUGCCAGAUUUAGAUUAAGAGCAGUUAAGCAUAAAGGUGAAAUUUUCCAUGAAUUUCCUGUUUCACCUCUUCAGGGUAUACACGGUUUCGAUUCAGUCGGCAGCACCAAGCCUCAGCUUGGCAAACACGGGAGGACCUCUCAGAAUCAACAAGAUAAACGAAGAACGAGGGAAAUGAAUCGAGCUUUCUGUCGUCUACGUACCUGCCUCCCUGAAAUUCCUGCGGACACAAAAUUAACGAAGCUCAAGACCCUACGAAUGGCUAUUUCAUACAUACGCACCCUUUCAUUGGUUGCUGACUCGUCCUCACCCCUGACGGAACGCGUAUCUCAAGCAUGGAGUCCAAACGCGAGACCUGCCAACCACUGA